AUGGCAACAACUACAACAGCACCGACGGCGGCCGGAGCAGAAUGGAAGAAGAAUUUGUCGGCACACGUCAUCUGUCCUGAAUGCAAAGAAUUUCCUCCAAACCUCGAAUUUCCCGGCUCCCACGAGACUGUCUGCGGCUCCUGCGGGUUGGUUUUGGCUGAUCGUGAGAUUGAUAUACAUUCUGAAUGGCGCACAUUCUCGAACGAUGACCAGAACAAUGACGAUCCAUCGCGUGUUGGUGAAACUUCCAAUAUAUUGUUGAAUGGCAACCAGCUGGAGACGAGUAUUGCAGGAGGCGCAACUGGUGCUGCUCGACAGUUGUAUCGUGCUCAAAACAAGCUGUCCAGCGAAAAGAAUAAUAAAGCGCUCAUGGCUGCUUACAAGGAGAUUGGAGCUCUGUGCGAUGGAUUCAACAUUCAGAAGAUUGUUGCAGAUACAGCCAAGUAUCUCUUCAAGAUUGUCGAUGAUCAUAAAGCGUUCAAAGGAAAAUCACAGGAUGCUCCCAGAACGUUCUCCGAAAUCUUUGCAGUGACCAAAGUGUCCCGGAAGGAAAUUGGAAGAAUCUACAAGUCUCUUGAAAAGUUCUUCACUGCGCAAAACAUUGAACGCACGGCUAUAGUCGGAUCUGAUGCGGGCUUCAAACAAACCACUUCGACGAAACCGAGUGAUCUAUGUGAACGUUUCGGUACGUUCUUGGGCUUGGACUACCGCACAUGGAAUGCGGCAGCUACAUUGUCCGACAAGGUUACGAAAGAUGGAGAUCUUGCCGGUCGUUCACCACUUUCGAUUGUUGCUGCUUGCAUUUACAUGAUCUCUCAUCUUUGCGGUGUACCCAAGUCCGCCAAGGAGAUUUCGAACGUCGUCGGUGUCAGCGAUGGAACUAUUCGUGGCGCAUACAAGCAGCUUUAUGCAGAGAGGGAUCGUCUGUUGACUGAUGACUUUAUUGCUAAAGUGAACGGAGACAAAGCUAAUCUACCACAGAGUUAG